AUGGCAGAAGCUAAGGUUGAGAUUGUAUCUAGAGUCAACAUAAAGCCAUUAUGUCCAACUCCAAAUCACCUAAAGCACUUCAAAUUUUCUCUCCUUGAUGAGCUAGCUCCUCCUCCUUCUGUUUAUGUUCCCAUUGUUCUCUUCUAUGCUGCUUCUGAUCAUGAUUUUCCCAAAAUAUCCCAAAAGUUGAAGACUUCAUUAUCUAAAGUUUUCACUCUCUACUAUCCAUUUUGUGGAAGAAUCAAAGGAAACAAAGGCAAUCUCUAUGUUGAUUGUAAUGAUGAGGGUGUCCAUUAUCUUGAAGCCAGAGUGCUCUCAAAGCUCUCAGAUUUUCUCGAGAAUAAUACAAACCAACAACUCAAUGAGAUUAAAGGGUUUCUUCCAUUAGAUCCCUACAAACCUAAGCUAGAUGAUGAUGAUGAAGAUCGUCUAAUAAUGGCUGUUCAGGUUACUGAGUUUGGCUGUGGAGGCAUAGCAAUUGGUGUGUGCAUCUCACACAAGGUUUGUGAUGGAAAAACAGUAGCUUCAUUCCUUCAAGCUUGGUCUCAAAAGGCAAAUAUGGGAGAUGGAGGUGAUGUAGUGGCUUCUUCUUCAUCUUUCAAUAUGAAAGCUUCUUUGCUUUUUCCACCCAAAGGCCUAGAGAUUGAUGUCAAUGACAAGAUAGGUGAGAAGAAUACCACAACGAAGAGAUUCUUGUUUAGCGAAAAUAGUUUGUGUACACUAAAAGAAGAAGUUUCAAGAGGUUGUGGCUUUAAGCCUACCAGAGUUGAAGCCGUGACAGCUUUAAUAUGGAAAUCAGCCUUGGAAGCUGCAAUAACCACAGAGACAAGUCAGAAAAGUAAUAGUUCAUUCAUGUUACAUGCUGUGAACAUUCGAAGUCGAAUGUUACCACCGUUGCCAGAGGAUUCUAUGGGUAAUCUCUUUGUAUCUGCCACUUCUCCGUUGGUAGAAGUUGACAAAGAAAUGAAGGUAGAACUACAAGACUUGGUUGAAGUAGUGAGAAAAACCAUAAAAAUGGUUGAUGGGGAUUAUGUCCGCAAGCUUCAAGGAGGAGAAGGUCAAGAACUUGAAAUCCUUGAAUCAAUGUUACAAAAGUUGUAUUUGGUGUAUGAGAAAGGUGUUCCUUAUUACAUCUUCACUAGCUGGUUGAGGCUUGGUUUCUAUAAAACAAACUUUGGAUGGGGCAACCCAACGUGGGUUUGUACUAUUGGAGUGCCAGUAAGAAAUGUGGUUAUUUUGAUGCCAGCUCGUUCUGGGGAUGGAGGAAUAGAGGCUUGGGUCACCUUGAAUGAGUUUCACAUGUCCCAAUUUGAAACCAGUCCUCUACUUCUUCAAUUUGCUUCUUUUGACCCUUAA